ACUUUCUUAAUAUGAGCCAGCAAAAGGUGAAGUCGAAAGCAAAGGGGAAAUAAUCCCACUGUCAGUGCCUUUUCAGUAAGAGAAAUAAAAAUGUUGAUUUCAGGGAAAUCCCUUGCACUUUCCGGUCUCCUCUUCCUCCUCGCGGCGUGUUCUCUGUGUUUCACCGUCAGCAUUGCGUCAGAAUCCGGCGACCCUAUACCUACUCCAUGGCCGGAGCAAUUCCAUUCGAUUCUGUUCAUGAACAACAGCAAAGGGAAUCUUCAGAUCGUUGAUUUGUGGUACGAUUGGCCUAACGGAAGGAACUUCAACAUAAUCCAGAAUCAAUUGGGAAAGCUCCUUUACGAUUUGGAAUGGGAUAACCACACUUCCUUCUACUACACUUUGGAUGCUAACAAGGAGUGCAGGGUCAUGCAUUUCCCGGUGGGAAUCCUUAGACCCACUUGGCUACAAGGUGGAAAUUAUAUGGGACAGAGAUAUAUGGAUGGAUUUCUCUGCAAUGUGUGGGAAAAAGUUGAUUUCAUUUGGUAUUACGAAGAUGUUGUUACUAAGAGACCUGUUUACUGGGCUUUCUACACAGGUAUGAUUGCACAUGUAAUGACAUUUGAAGUAGGAAAAGUGCUAGAGGAUCCAAAUUGGCAAGCCCCUGUUUACUGUUUCAAAGAGGCCAAGGAAGAAGAGGAGAUAUCAUCUCAUGUUAGUUUAGUUACUGAUAAUGAUGUUUCCAUUGGCAGACUCAUGGGAGUAGCUAUGGAUGUUUCUUUACUGCUCUAAUUCUUGUUACAUUUCCAUGUACUAUCAAAUAUUUUUUGUU